GAAAGAAAUUCGUCCAUAGUUCUCAUGAUCUGCUCGCUUCAUCCACCUCUUCUUCCAGAGGAUAUUAAGAUAGUAUCGAUUGAAAUUUCAACUCAUCCAAGACCACUCCCUCCAACUUCGACAGAACAAGAUCUUGUUGUGUCCUCGAGUGAGCCUCUUACAACCGAUACUUCUCUGAGCAACCUCACAUCUCUUGCUUCCAUUGAAAUGGAAGAUUUGCCAGCUGCCACAGUAGAUGCAUCAACACAAACUACGCCUGUGAAGCCAGUUUCCAAACAAACCCUGUGGGGUUGGUUGCGACGCACAGAAAUCAAAUCCAACGCGUUAGACCUACUUGCGAGGCUACUGUUUCUCAUCUUCCUAGUGGGUCUUGGGACGUUUUUUUUGAUAGAAUACAGCACGGCUGCUGAGGCAACUGCAAAAGCAAAUCGAUUAGCUCUUUUCACGGCACGUGUAUCAUUUCCAGAUCAACCGAAAAUCUACACUUUAAAUUUCUGUGAAAAAAGCAGCGAUACUGGCUUAGAUGAGUUUGCUAAAUGCGACAAAGCAUCUGUCAGUCCACCUGUAUUGUGGAAUAUGGAUGUGCUUGCAGAAGCUCUACAAAUUAUACAACCUGCCUGGCAAUUUGAAGCUGUGUGUGGAAUGGAAAUGGUGCUUUAUCCACCAGAUUUGACUCUCGUGCUCUCGAUUCCAAUAUCGACUAGUGAAAAUUGUCACCUUGACUGUCUUGAACCUAUUCCGGUUUCGACUUCGAAGAAACCUGGUCUGAAACUAUGCUUUACAAGAUUAAUUGUGUGUAUAUGGAGCAUAAUUUCACCGAUAUUUUUGCGUGGCACCUUCCACUGGAGAGUCCGUUUCUUGGAACUUGUGCUGUUUCCUGUGUUGUUCUGGCCUUUUUGAGAUCUUAAUGCCAGCGCGCUCUUAUUUUUCCGUGUCAGAAGUUAUUAUUGAUACUAUAAUUCAGAAAAGUCUUAUCAAACUAUCACAUCAUCAAUUGUGUAUCGAUUCUUCAGCUUAGGCUCGAAACAGCCCGCCUGCGUCAAGAUAAUUGGCCGCAUUCUUUCAGUCUCCACGGCUUUAAACCGUGGCCCGCUCAACACCAAUACUGUACUUCUUCUGGUCACCCACUUCAUCGGUCUUGAAUUGCAGUGUUUCAUUUGCUAGUUUUAAUUUUGGCUUGUCCAGGGACAGUAACCCUCUUUUCUAUUUUCUGUAGGAUGAUCUGUCGAUGUGGUCGUGGAUUCUAAGUCCUGAGGAAUAUAUAAGACUACUUAGUGAUAUUCAGCGGCCACGAGGUAUAUUUUCUGGCUUCUAGGGAUUCGUCAACGGUUCUACACAAACGGCCGAGAAACAGGGUUGAAGUAAAAGGAGAGAAAAUAGAUUAGGGAUGAUGCGGGAAGAGGAAAUAGUUUGA